AUGCCGCUCGGACUAGGCCGCCGGAAGAAGGCCCCUCCGCUGGUGGAGAAUGAGGAGGCUGAGCCCAUUCGUGGCAGCUUGGGUGGGGUGGAGGUGGGCAGUGGCGGCAGUGUGGCAGCCCUGCAGCCCGGCCUGCCACCGCCUCCUGCCAGCCUCCGUCCUCGACUGGUGUUCCACACUCAGCUGGCCCAUGGCAGUCCCACUGGCAGGAUCGAGGGCUUCACCAAUGUCAAGGAGCUGUACAGCAAAAUUGCAGAGGCUUUCAAGAUCCCGCCAGUUGAGGUGAUGUUCUGCACCUUAAACACCCACAAAGUGGACAUGGACAAGCUGUUGGGUGGCCAGAUCGGUCUGGAGGACUUCAUCUUUGCACACACAAAGGGCCAGAGGAAGGAGGUGGAGGUCUUCAAGUCCGAGGAGGCCCUGGGCCUGACCAUCACUGACAAUGGAGCUGGCUACGCAUUCAUUAAGAGGAUCAAGGAAGGGAGCGUCAUAGACCGGAUCCAGGUCAUCAAUGUGGGCGACAUGAUUGAGUCCAUCAACGGGCAGAGCCUCAUCGGCUGCCGGCACUACGAGGUUGCCAAGAUGCUCAAGGAUCUGCCCAAAGGCCGCACCUUCACACUGAAGCUAACAGAGCCCCGGAAGGCAUUCGAUAUGAUCAGCCAGCGGGCCGCAGGGGGCAAGCACAACAGUAGCUCCCAGCUGGGCACUGGCAGAGGGACCCUACGGCUGCGGGCCAAGGGACCGGCCACCGUGGAGGAGCAGCUGUCUGCGUUUGAGGAGAGGGCGAUUGAGAAGGUGGACGACCUGCUGGAGAGCUACAUGGGCAUCCGCGACACGGAGCUGGCUGCCACCAUGGUAGAGCUGGGGAAGGACAAGCGGAACCCCGACGAGUUCGCGGAGGCGCUGGAUGAGCGGCUGGGUGACUUCGCCUUCCCCGAUGAGUUCGUCUUUGACGUGUGGGGCGCCAUCGGGGAUGCCAAGGUUGGGCGCUACUAGGACUCUGCGGGACUGCCCUGCUCUGCCCACCCUGGAUCUGCUGUGCCCUUGGGCUGGGCAAGGGAGUGCUGGGUUGUUGCCCUCAUGUGGACCAGGG